UGUAAACCUUUACUAUUAUAAAAAUAAUAAUAAUAAUUAUGCCACCGAAAAAAGGCAAAGGAAAUAUUCUGAAAACGAAAGGUGAGAAAGGCGAAAAAAGAAAGGAAGGUGACAAGCCGGAUGAAGUUAAAGGUCCCAUGUUUACUGAAGUUGAGAGGACAUUCCUUGAGCUACAGUUGGCUGAGGCUAACAGGAAAGUAGCGAGACUCAGGACAACAGUGGACAAGCUUGAACUAAGGGAUGAGGACAUAAAAAAGGACUACGACAAAUUAGACGAAGAUAGGGCUGACAUUAUUGCGUACUUGAAGAAAGUUCUAGACAAUAAAAAUGGGGAAAUUAACGAGUUAAAAGAACAAGUGAAAACCUUAGAAGAAGCUAGACUAGUUGAAACAGCUGAACACAAAAAGAAUGUCGCUGAGAUGGAGAAGAAUUUUAAGAUUAUGAAAGAGCAGCUUACAUCAGAAUGUAAACUUUUGACUAGUAAACUAAAUACGAUGGAAGAAUUCCGAAUCACUAGAAAUAUUUUGAUGGCGAAGUUUGAGAAACAGGAGCGGCAGCUGAAAGAACAAGAAAUGACGUAUAAAAGGAAGAUUUAUGAAAUUGAAAAGAAAUUUGUAAUUGGAAAGGAUAAAUUAAAGAAAGAAAUGGAGAAUCGCCUUUUGCAACUAGCACAAGAUUUUCAAGAUAACACGGGAAUGAGAAUUGCGGCGACAACGCACAGGGUUAUAAGAGAGAACAUUGCUAUUAAUAACGAGCUGGAAAAAAUAUUGGCAAGUCAAGCUAAAUUAGUUAGUCAAAAUGAAAAGUAUAAAGACAGAGAGGACGCAGCCAAACUUGCAAAAGAACUGGCGGAGGAAGAGCGAGACUUGGCCAUUAAGAAGAGUAUCGCACAGCUCAAAGUAAUCGAUAAACUCACUACAAUCACGCAAAAUGUAAAGAAAGACAAAGCGCUAAUGGCAGUACAAAACGACAAUAUCGAUCAACUAAAAGCAAAAAUACAACAGUUGACAAAAGAAAAUGAGAACUUAACAUUAAAAGUUAGAAUAUUAGAACAAAACUUGCACGGGAAAAUUAAUGAACAAAGUAAAUCUCUUGUGUACGCAUCAAAAGUUGGAAGAGAAAAUAAAAAAAUGAAAAUGAUAUUGAGAGAAGCUGUAAUAAGCAUCCAAUCAGCUCUUAGACUAGACGAAUGGGCUACUAAAGAUGCAGAUAGAGGAACCAUGGACCGAGAGACAUUGCUGCUACGUCUGCUCAAAAUUGUAUCUCAGUACCGUGAUACACUUCGCGCCGAGUCUAUAGAAACCUUAGUUUCAUUCGAGAAAGUCUACGAAAAAGGCGAUCUCGGCUUCAUACCAAAAACAAAAUCGCAAAAAUCUACAUUGUCUAUAGCUCCCAGCAUAAUGAUAUCUGGAGACUCACAGGAAUCUUUCAAAUGUUCUUCGGAAUCAUCAUCAACGUCAGAUUUGGGCAGUAUCAAGACAAUACCAAGCAUGCACAUAAUACCAGUGUCCGCUGAGCCUCAACGCCCUGCUAAAGAAAGUUUCCAGUCUUUUGUCACUUCGACUAAAUCUAAUACGAGUGAUAGCAACCAAGAAUCAGAAGGAGAUGACAUGAAUGAUAUGGAUAAGCAACUGGAACAGAGCAAACUGGAGGUGCAACGGGCGAUCUUAAAAGAUUUAUUUGCUCAAAGAAGACCUUCAAAUUUAUUUGAAAUAGAAAGCGUACAUGAAGAAACAAAAGAGCUUGUAGAAGCAGUAGAUGAAGCGAAGAAAGAGACGGAAGAUAUAGUGAAUAGAGAAGCUGUAGGUGAAGAAAUCACAGAGGGCGAGGAAGUUAAUGUGACAGAUGACGCUGAAGUGAUACUUGAAGAACAUCAGGAAAAUUAG